AUGGGUCGCAAGGAAGAGGAGGACAGCAGCUCCUGGAAGAAACAGACAAGCAACAUCCGAAAAACGUUCAUUUUCAUGGAAGCCCUGGGAUCAGGAGCCUUUUCAGAAGUGUUCCUAGUGAAGCACAGGAGCACUGGCCAGCUCUUUGCUCUGAAGUGCAUCAAGAAAUCUCCUCUCACAAGGGACAGCAGCUUGGAUAAUGAAAUAGCAGUGCUGAGGAAGAUAAAGCAUGAAAACAUCGUGACUUUAGAAGACAUUUACGAGAGCACAACCCACUACUACCUGGUCAUGCAGCUGGUGUCUGGGGGGGAACUUUUCGACCGCAUUUUGGAACGAGGAGUUUACACUGAGAAAGAUGCCAGUGUGGUGAUCCACCAGGUCCUGACAGCAGUGAAGUAUCUGCAUGAGAAUGGAAUAGUUCACAGAGACCUGAAGCCUGAAAACCUUCUUUACCUUACUCCUGAAGAGAACUCCAAAAUCAUGAUCACAGACUUUGGCUUGUCUAAAAUGGAGCAGAAUGGCAUCAUGUCCACUGCCUGUGGGACUCCAGGAUAUGUUGCCCCUGAAGUGCUCGCCCAGAAACCGUACAGCAAAGCUGUGGACUGCUGGUCCAUUGGAGUCAUCACCUACAUCCUGCUCUGUGGGUACCCUCCCUUCUACGAAGAGACCGAGUCCAAACUGUUUGAAAAGAUCAAGGAAGGCUACUAUGAGUUCGAGUCUCCGUUUUGGGACGAUAUCUCAGAGUCAGCCAAGGAUUUCAUCAGGCAUUUGCUGGACAAAAACCCCAACACAAGGUUCAGCUGUGAAGAGGCCCUUCGACACCCCUGGAUUAAUGGAAACACAGCCCUGCACCGUGACAUCUACCCAUCUGUCAGUGCUCAGAUUCAGAAAAACUUUGCAAAGAGCAAGUGGAGGCAAGCCUUCAACGCAGCCGCCGUGGUGCACCACAUGAGGAAGCUCCACAUGAACGGGCACGCAGCAGCCGAGAGCUCCCUCUCCAUGACACAGGACUCAGAGGUGUCCAGACUCAGCACCCCCACCACAGCCACCCAGUCAGCAACACCCAACCAAGGAAAGGACACGUCACUCCCUCUGGAUCCCAGGCAGGGAUGUCCAAACCCCCACACUCAGCUGGAGCAAGACACAGGAAUGAGAGAAGAGAAGCUGCAGAGUCCCUCGAGGAACGGGUCUGUGCCCAGGGGCAGCAGCCCCGUCCUGCAGGAGAACCACAGCACACCAACCAGAACUUCUUGUGGCUGCAAACCUGCCUGUGUGGGGCAUGAGAAAACAAAGAUGUCCUUCUGCUCCGAGACAGUGCUGCUUAAAAAAUCUUCAAAAUCCCAUCAUUUCAAAUCAGAAGUUCUUGUUCCAAUGAAAACUGGCAAACACUCUUCUCACUGUGGCACUGGGCAAACUGGAGUGUGUCUGAUCAUGUGA